AUGACGGAUGAUCCACCUUCCCAGCCGAAGGAAAGAAAACUCGUAGAUAUUCCUAUUUUUAUGAGACCCGGAAAGACUUUCCCCAUGAACUUUCCAGACAAUUCGCAUCUACCUAUUGUUGGCGAAAAAGAAAUAUUCAGAGGUACUCCAGAUGAGAUCGCCUUGGAAUUUAAAACUAAGGGAAACGCCUUUUUCAGAAUGCGCAAGUGGUGGGAUGCUCGCGAGGCUUACAUAGAGGCUUUUGAGUUCGGUCCUACGGACCCCAAACUUGUGGAACUAUUGUGGCUUAAUAUGGCGGCGGCGAACACCGAAUUGAAAUACUGGCCUGGCGUCUUAGGCCCUGCAGCAGAAGCUAUAACACUAAACCUCAAAUCUCUCAAAGGCUACUUUCGAGCUGCUCGAGCAUUGAUUCAUUACGAACGUUAUGAAGAGGCAAUAGAUUGCUGCGAAAGAGCGCUUCAGAUAGAUCCGUCCAACGAAGCAAUUAUUGAUCUAUUAGAUGAUCCAAAACUUGGAGGCAACAUUUCCAUUCAAACCAAGAUAGAACUUGCUCGGAAAACUCUUGAAAAGGUUUACCAGGAGAACCACUUUGUGAUACUCCAACCCCCGUCCAUUGAAUUUGAUCCGAGCAACUUGCCGUAUAUCAAGCCUGCCUUACCGAAGGAUCAAAAGGGGUUUGAGAUGUUCUACAACCUAACUUACAAGUACCCCGAGCGAAACGCAAUGGACAUAUUUGUUGGCGUUUCGGUUGAGGUGCCUGUGGUGAAUCUUUUGCGAGAGGCUCUACCUGGUCUGGAUCAUGCGCCGAAAACCUGGAAUUCCAAAAUACAUUUCGAUCCAAGCAUCGCAAGCGAAUCGCAUGCUCAAUCGGUGAAGCUGCAGGCCCAAAGACAUAUGAUAGCUGAUGGGCAAGAGAAGCAUCCCCAAUGGGAUCCGGCCUAUCAAUAUUCCCCACAUAACGUUAACCUCUAUCUAGAAACGUACAACCGUCAGGUAAUCAAGAUUGAGCAAUCGCAAAAUACAAUCCAGAUAAUUCGGGCAGUGGGCCAAAAGGCUGAAAAGCAGAAAAUAUGUCUGGAAGGAGGUUCAAUAGUCCUUAACGUUUUUCGGCCAGGUUCCAAAGCCGAGAGGCUUUGGCUAGAGGGAAAGGGAAGGAAGGGAUUCGCCUUAGCGCAUCCAAAGUACAAACAAACCGACAAAAAUGCAAUGCUGGCUUCAGGGCAGCUUCGGACAUGGGUACUUAUAUCUCCUCGCGACCAUUUGGAAGAAAUAUCGAUCACUGCUAGGGUGGAAAUGCUUAACAGGGCCGAAAUUGUGCGUGACCGUGUAUAG